AUGUCACACUUCUUCUACUUGACACCACAGAUUCUUCUGCCUUUCAGCCCUCUCACUUCUCAAGAGUUUGACGUGAUCAGACGGAAGGCUGCAGCAUCUUGGCAGGAUGAAGCGAGGUGGUCAGAUUUGUCGGUGACAACGUACACGGGCAGUUACAGGAAAAAGCGGCUGGACGAGUCCACAGGCGGCUGGCUCAAAGCAGGACAGCCCUGGCCUGACCAUCGCAAGAUGGCAUUCCCAAACUGCUUUGCUGGCAGGGCUGAGCUCCACCGGACCACAGAUGCUAAAGGACUGUUACCACAUAUAACCAGUUCCUUUAAAAAUUCAUUUAUUGUCAAGCAUGGAGUGGCACACCAAAUUCUGUCUGGGGAUUCUCCUCCAGCACCUCCACCUCCAGGUUAUGAAAGACCAUAUGUCAGACUUAAAAAGCCAGCACCAAAGAACCUGAUGAAGUACAGUCUUCUAAGGAGAGAGCUCCUGAAACAUUUUCGUGAACCAAGUGAUUCUAUGAGCAAGACUAGUUCAUCUGGAGGCUCAGAAGUUGAUCAAGUCGUUUAUAUUCGGAAAGGACCACUGUCACUUGGAAGCAGGCUUCUCUGCAAGAACCACAGAAAGGGUGUUGUGGCCCCGACAGCUGUCGGCUCUAGUGUCCAAGGGGCCAGUGCUGUCCAUCUGGGCGCCCCAGGCGGGGAAGGGCGCAAGGGCGUGAGAAAGGCUCUUUUGUAUUCAGAGCAAUCGUCGCCUGAGCCGCAGCCUCGCUCUACCAGCCUCGCUUCCCCGCGAGGCGCCGCGGGGAAGCAAGUUGGCGGGAGGGGGCGGCUGGCGGUGCGGCGGGGGCGGAAGCGGGGGCGGUGCGACUCGCGGCCUUUCUUGCCCCGGGUCCCUCCAGAGCGGCCUCGCGUCCCACAAGCCCCGCCCACAUCCCGCCCCGCCCACAUCCCAGCCCCAGCCCCGCCCACAUCCCAGCCCCAGCCCCGCCCCACGGCGGUCUUCCUGUCGGAGUUCCUCGGGUCUCUGAAUUCCGCCGCUCUCUCGCCUCGCUUCCUCUCCAGAUCCGCCUCCUGCCUCCACGACCCCCCUCCUCCUCCGCACCGCGGGCCUCCGCCUUCUGCGGCUCCUCCUCCUCCAGUUCCACGACCCUCCCCCACUGCAUUCCCAGCGCCCCCUCUGGCCCCACCCCGGCUCGACGUGCCAGUCCCUCACUCCGCCCCGCACUGCCCACUACCCCGCCGCCCCGGCCUGUGCCUGUACGCAGCGCCCUGGAGGGAGGUCACCCCGCGGAGACCCUGUGCGGGGGAAGGCAGCGCCGCUGUCCUGGGAGCCAAGGGGCUGGGGGACUGCUGUCCCACCGAGGGGCAGGCCGAAUCGCGUGUGGUUACGGAAGUAGCUGUCCCCUACCCCUCUUCCUUCGCACCCCACCCUGCUCUCUGCCUGCUGCCGGGUUUACUCCCGUUGAGCGAACAGACCUUCUCCACAUGGUUUCUGUUAAAUAGAAAAGGACCUCGUAUUGCACAAGUGGCACGCUGUGAAAUCCGCCGUCCCGUCAGGGCCACCCUUCAGGUUUUUAACCUGCCGUGGCUCACGUGGGGCUCGCCCUCCUGCCAGGCUCUGUGGGUCCCCAUGGCCCUCCUUCCUGUCAUCACUGAACUUGUAAUUGUGAAAAGCACGUGA